UCUGAGCCACCAUACAAAUAAUAAUACAGAUCACAACGAUAGGACAAUUACAAAUAGUUAUGUGGGCGGUAGCACUAUUGUGUAAGCCAUUGGGCAUUGUCCGGGUCCUUUUAGAUCAAUUUCUUCAUCCUGUAAACUCUGCAUCCAGCGAGCGUGUGGAGCAUUCACUGUAGCCAACGUUACACACAGAGAGAAGCUGCGUUCGUCUGUAGUUUUAGAGUCGUAGAGUGAAAAUGUGACCUUUUUGCAGAGAACAUGAGCAUCUUUAUACCAAGAAAGGUAAAAGGACACUCCCUGUCGAUAUGUAAGUUGCUUAUUUUGGUGUAAAAAUGGAUUCUAUCUGUUCUAUAAUUUUGCCCUGAAGAACUUCCGUCCUGUUUCACCAUGAAAAGAAGACCUUAGAAAUCGUUUGGGGAAGAGAUGGAUUUGCGAAUGUUGCUGUUCUUUGUUAAAGAUUAUGACAAAAUCCACUUUGGUUUUUCAUGAUGAAUCAACAAGACAUUGAAGCAAGUAUAUUUUCACAUCUGGCUUUAUUUGACCAUAUUUUAAUAUAACCCGAACAUGUGGCUGUAAAAAUGGGAGACUGGAACUUGUUGGGAAGCAUCUUGGAGGAGGUGCACAUUCACUCCACCAUCGUGGGCAAAAUCUGGCUCACCAUCCUGUUCAUCUUCCGGAUGCUCGUUCUCGGUGUGGCGGCGGAGGACGUUUGGGUGGACGAGCAAAGUGAGUUCAUAUGCAACACGGAGCAGCCAGGCUGCAAGAACGUCUGCUAUGACCAGGCAUUUCCAAUCUCGCUCAUCCGCUUCUGGGUGCUGCAGAUCAUCUUCGUCUCAGCUCCUUCGCUGGUGUACAUGGGUCACGCUUUGUACCGUCUCCGAGCUCUGGAUAAGAAGAGGCACAAGAAGAAAAUUCAAAUUCGAGCUGAGCUGGAAGAGACCGAGUUCUUGCUGGAGGAGCACAAGCGUCUGGAGCGAGAACUUCGCAAGCUAGAGGAGCAUAAAAAACUCAAAAAGGCUCCUCUGAGAGGCUCCUUACUACGCACAUACAUCAUCCAUAUCCUUACCAGAUCUGUGGUGGAGGUGGGCUUCAUCGUGGGCCAGUAUAUCUUAUAUGGAAUAAGGCUGGAUCCUUUGUUCAAGUGUGACAGGGUGCCUUGCCCCAACACUGUGGACUGUUAUGUGUCCAGACCAACAGAGAAGACCAUCUUCAUGGUCUUUAUGAUAGUCAUUGCUGGGGUUUCUCUGUUCCUGAACCUUCUGGAGAUAUCUCAUUUGGGUACAAAGAAAAUCAAACAGGCGUUAACUGGUUUGCAAUUCACAGAGGACGACAGCCUUUGCAAAGCAAAGCAAGCGGAAAUGGCGGAUUUUUCACUGAGGAAAACAGCAAAAAUUAGCAUUCAGUCUGGCCCUCUGUAUUUACCCAAUAUGGAUUCAAAUACCAGAAUAGCUGAGCAGAGGCAUAGCAUCUUUGCAGGUACGACUCUUCCCGUGUCGUGCAUAAUCCAGACAUGUCAGGACAGCCAAGGAUUUAUCCACAACGGACGUCUUCAAAGUCUUACUGGGCAACACAAUGCUGACCUGCCUCCAGACAGUAGCACUGGUUCAUGUAGAGACAGCAGACUUUCAAACUCGGGCCAACAAAGUCAUGAAGGUCAGCUCAGUCAAAGGCCAAGCCAUAGUGAGAUUCCAGGCUGCGUUCGUAACGCUAUGCACCAACCGAGCCAUGUCCCUGAGCCGAGCGACGAUGGCACAGACUCAGACAGUGACUUCUACCCUCCCCCCAGAAAGGCCAGCUUCAUGGCACGGAUGCCUUCAGACAGCGCCUCGGACAGCCCAUCCUGCCCCAGCACCAGGAGCUCUGAGUCUGAGCUCGGCUCACUUAAUGACCUACCCAUGAACCCACCACCGGGAGGACGGAGGAUGUCAAUGAGUGUGUUCCUGGACAUCUCUUCCAUCAUGAAAAAGUGA